AUGGAUAAAGAACCAAACCAAGAAAACCCAUCUCUCCUCUCCAACCCCAAGCAAGACUCCCCAACAAAGUCACCAACCAAAGGUGGCUGCACCAACACCACCACCGCCUCCGCCACGGCGGGCGAUCGGCUGAAAAGAGAUGAGUGGAGCGAAGGCGCAGUUUCAUGCCUCCUAGAAGCCUACGAGGCCAAAUGGGUGCUCAGAAACAGAGCGAAACUCAAGGGGCAAGACUGGGAAGACGUGGCGAAGUACGUGUCCGCGCGCGGGAACUGCAACAACAAGUCUCCGAAGACCCAGACGCAGUGCAAGAACAAGAUCGAAUCCAUGAAGAAGCGGUACCGGUCGGAGUCCUCCGCCGCUGACGGCUCGUCGUGGCCGCUUUACCCGCGGCUUGAUCUCUUGCUGCGGGGAAGCGCUCCUCUGGGGGCACCACCACAGCCGCCGCUGUUGUCUCCGCAGACGGCAACGGCGGCUGCACCAAUUUACAGUCCUUUAGUAGUAGUGGAACCGUUUCUGCCGCCGCCGCCACCACCACCGCCCGCGCCACCGCUACCGGUACUGGCGCAGCCUCCUACCCUGCCGAUUGGAAUUGCACAGAAUUCGCGUGGGUCGAACGGGGCUGAUCGGGGGCCAAAGGAAGAUGGAGUGAGCGCAAAAUUAUCCGAUCACGAAUCGGACAAGAAUCCUCCCGCUGACACGGACAGUAGCACGCCGGCUCUUUACAGCGACAAAGAGAAGAUGAAGUCGAAAAACUCGAAAAGCCGAACGGACAAAAAGAAGAGGAGGAGGGGGGGCGGGGAGGUGGCCGAGAGCAUUAGGUUGUUAGCAGAAGUGGUGGUGAGGUCGGAGCAGGCAAGGAUGGAGACGAUGCGGGAGUUGGAGAAGAUGAGGGCCGAAGCCGAGGCGAAGAGAGGGGAAAUGGAUCUCAGGAGAACUGAGAUUGUGGCCAAUACCCAGCUGGAGAUUGCUAGGAUGUUUGCUGGGGUUGGGAAAGGGAUUGAUUCUUCUUUGAGAAUUGGAAGAAGUUGAUCGAUCUUGAGGAUUGAUUAAUAAUAGGAAGGAUGGGAUAAUCCUUAUUACCAUAAUAUAUGUAUACACUAUUGGAAAUAAAAUAUAUGAACUAUUGGAAGUAA